AUAACCAGACAAACUGUGAAUCCUAUCAAGAGCUGGGCGUGGAAGGUAUGGUGGCUUUGAUGAGUAUGGUGGCUAUAACAAUUAUGGCUAUGGAAAUGAUGGCUAUGAUGACAGAAUGAGAGAUGGGAGAGGAAUGGGAGGCCAUGGGUAUGGUGGAGCAGGAGAUGCCAGCUCAGGCUUUCAAGGUGGUCAUUUUGUUCACAUGAGGGGAUUGCCAUUUCGAGCUACAGAAAAUAACAUAGCUAAUUUUUUUUCACCACUGACCCCUAUAAGAGUUCAUAUUGACAUUGGAGCAGACGGUAGAGCAACAGGCGAAGCUGAUGUAGAAUUUGUGACACACGAAGAUGCAGUGGCUGCCAUGUCAAAGGAUAAAAAUCAUAUGCAACAUCGAUACAUUGAGUUGUUCCUGAAUUCAACUGCUGGAGGCGGUGCUGGCAUGGGAGGCUAUGGCAGAGAUGGCAUGGAUCAAGGUGGUUAUGGUUCCGUAGAAAGAAUGGGAAUGGGCAGCAGUUACAGUGGAGGAUAUGGUACUCCCGAUGGAUUAGGUGGCUAUGGUCGUGGCAGUGGAAAUAGUGGUGGAUACUAUGGUAAAGGCAACAUGGGAGGAGGUGGAUGGCGUGGAAUGUAUUGAAAAGUCACAUUGUGUCUACAAAGCGUAUUGGAAGGAGACAGUACCUGGUCUACUAGAUUUUCUUACAAAAUUUAAAUUUCUUUUGUAUUGAAAACUUUAUAAUGACUAAAGGAAUGUGUUUUCCCAUUAUUUGGUAAGCAACAGAUUGCGAUGGGGAAAUCUGUUUUCUGUAGGUUUUAUUUGUUGCAUACUCUUGACUUUAAAUAAAAUUUUUAUAUUAAAAAAAAAGAA